GAUCAGCCCGGGCGGCCGCUUCGCUUCGCCCACUGCUCCUUCCCCACCCUCUAAUUCUUUCAGCAUAUUCUCCCCGCCAUGGCUUCCACCGCCGCUGGUCAUGAGCUCGCGCCCACCACGGGAGCCACCCUCGUCGUGGGUGGCACCGGCUACAUCGGCCGCUUCGUCGCCGAGGCUGGCCUGGCCCUUGGCCACGCCCUCUACGUCCUCGUCCGCACCUUUGGCCCCUUCGUUUCCCCCUCCCGUGCGGCCACCGCCGCAGCCCUCCGCGAGAAAGGAGCCAUUAUUUUGGAGGUAAUAUUGCAUGAGCUCUCAUCUCGUUUAUCGUGUAUGUUAACCUCAAUAAUGAUGAUGAUGAUGAGGAGGAGGAGGAGGACUUCCGAUGUGUUUCAGGGUUCCGUGGACGAUAAAGACUUCAUGGAGAAGACUCUGAGAGAGAACAACAUCCAUGUAGUUAUCUCCGCGGUUGGCGGCGAGAGCAUUCUGGAUCAGCUCUGCUUGCUCGACGCCAUCCAAGCUGCGGGCACCGUCAAGCGGUUCCUGCCAUCGGAGUUCGGGCACGACAUCGACAAGGCGAACCCGGUGGAGCCGGCACUGAGCCUCUACAACAGAAAGAGAAGGGUUCGGCGAGCCGUCGAGGCCGCCGGCGUUCCCUACACCUACAUAUGCUGCAACUCCAUCGCCGGCUGGCCCUACCACGACAACAAACACCCAUCCAAGGCGGCGCCACCGCUGGACCGCUUCGUCAUCUAUGGGGACGGCAGCGUCAGAGCCUUCUUUGUUGCAGGAAGUGACAUUGGGAAAUUUACGAUGAGAUCAGCCUUCGACAGUCGCACCGUGAAUAGAGCUGUUCACUUCCGCCCGACUUGCAAUUGUGUUAGCUUGAACGAGAUGGCUUCCCUGUGGGAGCGCAAGAUUGAAAGGACACUGCCAAGAGUCAGAUUCACUGAGGAGGACCUGCUCGCCAUUGCUAAAGAGAAUGAGAUUCCAGCCAGCGUUGUUGCUGCCUUGACUCAUGACAUCUUCAUCCUUGGAUGCCAAUCCAAUUACUCGGUGGACGGGGUGAAGGAUGUGGAGGUCAGCUGCCUCUACCCCGACAUGGCAUUCCGGACACUCGAUGACUGCUUCAGUGACUACAUCUCGAGCCUUUUGCCCCACCAAGCUAGGGAGACAAGACCAUCUGCGGCCGCUGCUACGGUGGAUCAACCGGCAGUUUCACCGGCCACUGCUUAAUUACAAGCAUGCAUGGAUGCAUAGAACUCCAUCUGACCUCUUCCAUCCUAGAAUAAUCUUUUAUGUGAUGUGAUCAGAUAUAAAGAGAUAUAACUUUUGUAUAUGAAUAAAUACUAGUAGAUCAUAAUA